AUGCCGUCCAAACACGAAAAAAAUCGAAAAAGAGAUUUGGAUGCGGACACCUCCAUUGAAGAAGACAGGGAAGAAAGUCGAAGACAUCGUCGUUCAAGAUCGCGUUCACCCAAAAACGAAGAGUCAAUGUCAAUUGAAGAAACAAACAAAUUGAGGGCUAAACUUGGACUAGCACCUUUAGAUUUGGAUGAUAAAACGAACACGGAACCGGUGGAGAAGGAGGAUGGAAGUGGGGAAAAGGUUGUUUUUUGGUUAUUUUUUUGGGAAGGGUUCUUGCACAUUUUUAGGUUCCAGUUUUGCGGACUUCCGUUUGGGUUACUAAUUAAUUUUUUAUCAAGAAGCAAGGGCGUAGCUUUACUCAAUCCCCUCAAAAUUUUCCUUUUUCCCUAUUUCGGGUAA